UCUAACCAAAAAUAUAAACAAAAAUAAGUGAAUAGGUUCUUGCUCCUAAAAUGCCGAUAAAGCCUGGAAAUGAAACGGAAAAUAUGGAAAUAACCUUUAGUGAUGAAGAUCUCCCAUAUGAAGAAGAAAUUUUAAGAAACCCUUAUUCAGUUAAACACUGGUUAAGAUAUAUAGACCACAAAAAGGCAGCACCAAAUAAUGGCGUCAACAUAAUCUUUGAAAGAGCUCUAAAGGAAUUACCAGGAUCCUACAAAUUAUGGUAUAAUUAUUUAAGAACUAGAAGAAAUCAAAUAAAGAGUAAAUGUAUAACAGACCCAGGUUAUGAAGAAGUGAAUAAUGCAUUUGAAAGGUCAUUAGUGUUUAUGCACAAGAUGCCUAGAAUAUGGAUGGAUUAUUGUACAUUCUUAACAGAUCAGUGUAAAAUAACUAGGACAAGAAAAGUAUUCGACAGGGCUUUGAGGGCAUUACCAGUGACCCAGCAUAACAGAAUUUGGCCCUUGUAUUUAAAAUUUGUUCAGAAACAUGAUAUUCCAGAAACUGCAGUAAGAGUAUUUCGAAGAUAUAUGAAAUUAUGUCCAGAAAAUGCAGAAGAAUUUAUAGAUUACCUCACAGGUAUUGAAAGGCUAGAUGAAGCAGCUCAGCUGAUGGCAAAGAUUGUGAAUGAUGAGGGAUUUGUUUCUCAACAAGGAAAAUCAAAACAUCAGUUGUGGAAUGAAUUGUGUGAAUUGAUCUCAAAAAAUCCAGAAAAGGUACAUUCUCUAAAUGUAGAUGCCAUUAUUAGGGGUGGUUUGAGGAGAUAUACUGAUCAACUGGGUCACCUAUGGAAUUCUCUAGCCAACUAUUAUGUUCGCAGUGGUCUAUUUGAAAGAGCUCGUGAUAUAUAUGAAGAGGCUAUCCAAACAGUAACCACUGUUAGGGACUUCACCCAAGUUUUUGAUGCUUAUGCCCAAUUUGAGGAACUAAGUUUAAGCAAGCGAAUGGAAGAAGUUGCUAACAAGUCUAGUCCUACUGAAGAUGAUGAUACUGAAUUAGAAUUGAGACUUGCAAGGUAUGAAUAUUUGAUGGAGAGAAGAUUGUUGCUGCUGAAUUCUGUUUUGUUAAGGCAGAAUCCACAUAAUGUACAGGAAUGGCACAAAAGAGUACAGCUUUAUGAAGGAAAACCAGUCGAUAUAAUCAACACCUACACAGAAGCUGUUCAAACUGUAGAUCCAAAGCUGGCUGUAGGAAAACUUCAUACCUUAUGGGUGGACUUUGCCAAAUUUUACGAGACAAAUGGUCAAAUAGAAGAUGCACGCCUCAUCUUUGAAAAAGCAUCUCAAGUUUCUUACGUCAAAGUAGAUGAUUUGGCAACAGUGUGGUGUGAAUGGGCCGAAAUGGAAAUAAGGAACGAGAAUUAUGAUGAAGCUUUAAGACUCAUGCAUAAAGCAACUGUUAUGCCUAGUCGAAAAGUUGCAUAUCACGAUGACACUGAAACAGUCCAAAGUCGUCUUUAUAAGUCUCUCAAAGUUUGGUCUAUGUAUGCAGAUUUAGAAGAAAGUUUCGGUACGUUUAAGUCUUGUAAAGCCAUUUACGACAAAAUUAUAGAUUUGAAGAUUGCAACUCCGCAAAUUAUUAUAAAUUAUGGGAUAUUUCUUGAAGAAAAUAAUUACUUUGAAGAGGCAUUCAGAGCAUAUGAAAAAGGAAUAUCUCUAUUUAAAUGGCCCAAUGUAUACGAUAUAUGGAACACCUAUUUGACGAAAUUUUUAACUCGUUAUGGGGGAUCAAAACUAGAACGUGCUAGAGAUCUGUUCGAACAAUGCUUGGAUGGAUGUCCACAACAGUUUGCCAAACACCUCUAUCUGCUUUAUGCAAAAUUAGAAGAGGAACACGGGAUGGCUAGACAUGCCAUGGCUGUAUAUGAAAGGUCAACCAAAGCUGUUCCAGAGCAAGAAAUGUUCGAUGUGUUUAAUAUCUACAUCAAACGAGCCGCCGAAAUUUAUGGGAUUCCCAAAACGAGGCAGAUCUACGAAAAGGCUAUCGAGCUACUUCCAGAGGACAAAACUAGAGAAAUGUGUCUUAGAUUUGCUGAUAUGGAAACAAAACUUGGUGAAAUUGAUAGAGCCAGAGCUAUAUAUGCUCACUGUAGCCAAAUUUGCGAUCCUAGGAUAACGGCAGAGUUUUGGCAGAUUUGGAAAGAGUUCGAAGUUCGUCAUGGUAAUGAAGAUACUAUGAGAGAAAUGUUGAGAAUAAAACGUAGCGUACAAGCUGUUUACAACACACAGGUGAACAUGAUGUCAGCCCAAAUGUUGAGUUCCGCGGGCAGCAUGAGCGGUACAGUAGCGGAUUUGGCGCCAGGUGUUAAAGACGGUAUGAGACUUUUAGAAGCCAAAGCUGUUGAAAUGGCUGGAACUUCACAACUCGCCAAACCGGGAGGAAUUAUGUUUGUUAGGGGAGAAACUCAAGGAGCUAAUAAAGAUAAAGUUGUUAAUCCUGACGAAAUUGAUAUAGACAGUGAAGAAUCUGAAGCAGAAGAGGAAGAAGUACCAGUCGAAAAGCAGAACGUACCAUCAGAAGUUUUUGGAAGUCUUAAGAAACAAGGAGAGGAAGACGAUGACGAUUAGGAUACUAAAUUUUGUAUAUGGUUUUUAAUAAAUUUAUUAUUUUACAAAAGUA